CUCCGGGCCCUGCCUGUGCCUGCCCCCUUGUGUUUUUGUGCAGAAUAAGUCAAAGCAGCUCCUGUUUGCAGCUCUCCGGAAUCAGUCAAAAUGCCGGUAGAUUUAAGCCAGUGGACAGGGAAUCUUGCCCUAACAGAGGUGGAUGAGAAGCCUGCACAGACCCUCCAUGUCAAGUAUGGCUCUCUUGAAAUCGACGAGUUGGGCAAAGUGCUCACGCCAACACAGGUGCAGAGCCGUCCCACCUCUAUAGAGUGGGAGGGGUGUGACUCCACAAAGCUGUACACCCUGGCCAUGACCGACCCCGACGCACCCAGCAGGAAAGACCCCAAAUUUGGGGAGUGGCAUCACUUUCUGGUGGUGAACAUGAAGGGAAACAAUGUAUCCAGUGGAUGUGUCAUGUCCGACUACGUUGGGUCUGGCCCUCCAAAAGGCACUGGUCUCCACAGGUAUGUGUGGCUGGUCUAUGAGCAGUCAGGAAACCUCUCCUGUACGGAGCCCGUCCUCACCAACUGCUGUGGAGACAACCGCGGCAAGUUCAAGAUCCAAGAAUUCCGUCAGAAAUACGGACUGGGAGUCCCUGUGGCUGGAACCUGCUAUCAGGCAGAAUGGGAUAAUUAUGUCCCUAAACUCUAUGAGCAACUGGCUGGAAAAUAAACAAAGGAGUAUUCAGAAAUUAACAUUAUGUAGAUAACUGCAGGAACCACAAUGCCUUUUUUUUUCCCACACUGAUUUAUUUUACAAUUGUAUUAUGUGAGCAAUGCCCUAUAGUUGUUCAUGCCGACUCAUUAAAAAGUCAUCUCUCUAUCACCAUGAUCAAACAAAA